GAAAUGAUUCUUAUUAUAAUAAAAAAAUCCCAGUUGCCGCUCACUACACGGAACAGUUAAUUAACCGUUUUCACUACUCCUUCGCGCCACAUUCACAUUCUCACUCGAUGACCCUCACGGCGGACCAAGGCGGCGCCACCGCCGGAGCCAAUCUCCACCGCCGCCAAAACGGCAGAAUCAUCCUCCCUGAUUUCCUCCAGAGCGUGAACCUCAAGUACGUGAAAUUAGGCUACCACUACCUCAUCUCCAACCUCUUGACCCUAUUCUUAGUCCCUUUGAUCAUCAUCACAUUGAUCCAAGCCUCCCAAACCACCGAAAUCGAACACCUCCACCAUUUAUGGCUCCACCUCCAGUACAAUCUCAUCACCAUCCUCACCUGCUCCGCCUUCCUCGUCUUCGGCCUCACUCUCUACGCCGUCACGCGCCCACGCGCCGUCUACCUCGUUGAUUUCGCCUGUUUCCGCCCCGCCGACCGCCUCAAGGCGCCCUUUAGCUCCUUCAUGGAGCACUCCCGCCUCACGGGAGAUUUUAGUGACUCCUCGCUCGAGUUCCAGCGCAAGAUUUUCUUGCGCUCGGGACUCGGGGAGGAGACCUAUGUGCCUGAGGCCAUGCACCAUAUUCCUCCUCAGCCUUCUAUGACCGCGGCUAGAGCUGAGGCCGAGGAGGUUAUGUUUGGUGCUCUGGAUAAUCUCUUCCAGAGCACCAAAAUCAAGCCGAAGGAAAUUGGGAUUCUUGUUGUGAAUUGUAGUUUGUUUAACCCUACCCCUUCAUUAUCUGCCAUGAUUGUUAACAAGUAUAAGUUGAGGGGUAACAUUAGGAGCUUCAAUCUGGGAGGUAUGGGGUGCAGUGCUGGGGUUGUAGCUGUUGAUCUUGCAAAGGACUUGCUGCAGGUUCAUAGGAAUACUUAUGCUGUUGUUGUCAGCACUGAGAACAUUACUCAAAAUUGGUACUUUGGGAACAAGAAAUCAAUGCUUAUCCCUAAUUGCUUGUUCAGAGUUGGGUGUUCUGCUGUGCUUCUCUCUAACAAGUCCAGGGAUAGGAAGAGGGCAAAGUAUAGGCUUGUUCACGUGGUGAGGACUCAUAAAGGGGCUGAUGAUAAGGCUUUCAGGUGUGUUUAUCAGGAACAGGAUGAUGCUGGAAAAACUGGUGUUUCUUUGUCUAAAGAUUUGAUGGCAAUCGCUGGUGGGGCACUCAAGACUGACAUCACCACACUUGGCCCUCUGGUGCUCCCAAUCAGUGAGCAGCUUCUGUUUUUCGCAACCUUGCUUGUGAGGAAGCUGUUCAAGGCUGAUAUGAAGCCUUACAUACCGGAUUUCAAGCUCGCUUUCGAUCAUUUCUGCAUACAUGCCGGCGGCAGGGCGGUGAUUGAUGAGCUGGAGAAGAAUCUCCAGCUGCUUCCUGUCCAUGUAGAGGCUUCUAGGAUGACCCUUCACCGUUUCGGGAACACUUCUUCAAGCUCCAUUUGGUAUGAGUUGGCAUAUAUAGAAGCCAAAGGGAGGGUGAGGAAGGGAAACAGGGUUUGGCAGAUUGCAUUUGGGAGUGGAUUCAAGUGUAACAGUGCAGUGUGGGAGGCUCUGAGGAAUGUGAGGUCAUCCCCUAAUGGACCCUGGGAAGAUUGCAUUGAUAAGUAUCCUGUGGAAAUAGAUAGUCACACUCCCAGCACAUAGCUCAGUAACAUACUGAUUAGAAUUGAAUUCAGGGUACCCAUUCUUAGUAUCCAUUUGUAUCUCUGUCCUAGAUAUCAUCAUGCUGUUAAUUUUUCACCUUCACUUUUGUGAUUGAUGAUUGUGGUUAUGGCUUUCCAUUUAGUCAAAUUCAGUUGACUGGAACAGUAUGAUAUGGGGAAUCCCUAGGUUAUUGUCUUCUUGUGUAGAAGAUAGUUUCUCAUUGUGAAUGUGUGUGCAAGAGCAUUAUAGUCUUCAGCAGAUUUCUAUUCAACUUGCUUUAUAAGGAAGUCUUAAAGUUAUGCCUCCUUUCAAGAUGGUAUUUCACAUCUUAAAAGUGAUCAGCAAUCUAAUACUCUCUUCCUGAGAACUUAAUAGCA